AUGUCCAUGAUACCCGGGUGCGUCCCGAUCUCAAUGCCAGCACGUCUGACCUUCCAGUCGAAGCCGCUUCGACUGUCGUUCAGAAAAACGAGCUGGCUUUGCCCCCGAAGUCCUCUGCCAGCACAAAGAUGGUAUACAGCGCAGGCGACGUCUACUCGUGAGGCUCGAUCAUUUGCCUACACGUGGCUUACGAAGACGCCAGACGAGAUUGUCCCAGAUGAUGUGCUCGCGACUAUUCCCCCAAUUCCAGCCUCGGUCGCUGAGUCAGGCCAUAUUCCAAUUCUCCUCGUCACCCCCAGUUUUGCUCCAUGGAUUGACCCCGCAAGCCCUUUCCUGGAACAGUGUGUGAACAAAUUCCUCAGUAAUACUCCGAACGUUCGCUCUCUCAACCCACUCCAUGCGAUUGCGGCUAUUAUUGAUAAACUGCCGGAUGUCCGUGGACAACCCGGGGAUGCGUUGAUUAGCAGCAAUGGUCAAGCUCAGUCUGACUCUGAGGGCGUCUCCCUGUUAUUCGUGAAAGCGGAAAACGUCCAAGGGAAGGCAGCCGAGAGUCGUCGUAUCAGGAGCUCGGGAACUGAGGAGCCAGCUCUUCUAUUCUCGGUCAAUACUAAUGCGCCGGACAGGCCGGCUCAUGAGGUCGGAUUACGUCUCGCUAACACAAUAUUUAUCAAUGGCAACGAAAACACGCUCUUCGGUAUGCGAUGGUCUUAUAAUGCCACAUCCAGUCGAUUUGCAUUGGAUCAGUAUCUUGAUUUUUCCAACUGUGUCAUUACAUCUCCCGCGAACUCCGUUCACAAUGCCUUCCGAUUCCCAUUAUAUCCGGUUAGCCGCAGAAGAAAGGUCAUUUCCGGCAUGGGCAACAUUUUGCGCCAGGUAGCGAAAUCCGCUGAUGACGACCAAUCGAAUGUUCCAAUGCCUGCUUCGUCCGAGUUGGAGAGGGAACUGCCCCGUUACAUUGAGGAGCAUGGCAUUAUCGAUCAGAGAGUCUCUGUUUGGGCUCUAGUUGAAACACCUGACAUGAAUGUGCCGAUUGAAACCAGCUUUUUGCAGGAUCGUUUAUCGCAUUCUCUUCGGGCAGGUGGUAAACUACACCAUGUCAUGAGUGGUGGAGGUGGCUGGGGAAAGAAACAAGGCCUCUUAUCACUCGACCCAGAAAUCAGCUUUUUAGAAGCAACAAUCCGCGAGGAGCUUUUGACGAUCGACCAACUGUUCGAGCCUCGCGCGGAAAGUGCAGACCCUAUCCUUGGUUUGCCGCCAUUUUUGAGCAAGGGUUUUGGGGAUGACCUGUCGACCCUUUCUCAAACGGCCAAGCCAGGUGACUACGUCCAGUUCUUCGUGGCAGUACAGCCAAGUGACGUCCAUGAUAAGCGCCCUGACAUUGCGAAGCCCCAGGAAGGGUCCAUUUCAUGCCAGUUCGGGAUCGUGACCGGAAUUCCCGAAGUACAAACGAUUGACGGACAGCAGAAGGACUUGGUUGUUCUCCCCAAUUACUUUGGAGCACUGUCUGAAAAAGCGAUUACCUAUCAGCAGCCCAUCUUGGACGUCCAAGCAAACGAACAAGUUUUCGAAUCAGGCACUAAGCUCAAUGUACCUGGGUGCCGGGUGGAGUUGACUCUUGCGUGA